CUUGCGAUUGAAGGUGUGCAAGAGACAGCUUUCUUGCAGUCGGUCGCGCUACGAGCUCAACGAAGCCUCGACACCGCCGCCAUGAACCCAACAACCCCAGUGCGCCAGAUUCCUGGCGCCUUCAUUAAUACCCCAGCGCCAGGACCAAACACUGCGCGGCGCCGACUCAAUUUCAACGACGUUGCCGGACCUGGCACAACUGGCGCAGCGGGGAACGCACCAGCCCCGAUUACAAGUACUUUGGGAACUGGCCAGCCAGAAAUCGUUACUGGCAUGAUGCCGCAACCGCCGGCCAGCGAAGAUCUACCGCCCAUCGCGAAGGCGGCUCAGGUUGUCAACCAGACGCUCCAGCUCGAUGAGAGCUACCCUGACCUAGAUUCCUACUGCAGGCCUGGCGCGUCCUCCGACUACGACAUCCAACCCUCCGACUCCUCAUGGGCUCCAUUUCAAAAGGUGUCGAUGUAUCCCAUCCCCGACCAGGUGUUUGCACGCCUGAACGAGGGUGCCGUCUCGACAAAAAUAGGAUUGUUUGCGAGCAUUGGCUAUGCCUGGGCUUCGAUCGACAACUCGCUCUUCAUGUGGGACUACACGCAUCCAGAUCCAGAGCUCAUUGGUUACGAGGAGGCCAGCCACACGAUUACGGCUGUCGGUCUUGUGCCCCCCAAACCGGGAGUCUUCGUCAGCACGAUCACACACAUCCUAAUCGUGGCAACCACUACCGAGAUCGUCUUACUCGGUGUCUCGACUACCCCGACCCAGUCCGGCUCGCACACGGUCACUCUAUACCAGACGAACAUGUCGAUCCACCGAGGGGGGAGCGAUGUGAGCCUCAUUGCCGGCACGGCAUCAGGUCGCAUCUUCCUCGGCGGCGAAUCUGAUACGGAUAUUCAUGAGCUAUUCUACCAGCAGGAGGAGAGGUGGUUCUCCAGCAGGUGUGGCAAGAUUAACCACACACAUCCCGGGUGGUCUUCAGUGGUUCCCAGCCUACCACUUGCGGGCCUGCCGUUCGGCCAGCGACACCAGGAAGGACUUAUUGGCCUUGUCGUUGAUGAUACACGGAAUCUUCUGUAUUCGCUCUCCGAUCGCUCAACCAUCCGCACGUACCACAUGGAGACUCCUGAGAAGCUGAUCAGAGUCAUUGAGAAGGAUAAGACCAGUUGUCUGCGCGAUUUUGCGCACAUGGCGGACGUCUCCCCGCUCUUCACCGAUCGGACGAACAUAGUGUCGAUAAGUCCCAUUCCUGCCACCGAGGCCUCGAAACUGCAUCUUAUGGCUCUCACAGACACGGGCUGCCGCCUCUUGUUCAGCGCCACCAGCUCCGCGUCGUAUACCGUAGGAGGCUCAACGAGCCUCCCUCCGCAGAGUAUGCAGCUCCAGUUCGUGAAGUUUCCUCCCAAGGAACUGGGCGCCCGCACUCGUCCCGUCCCGAGCCAAACAAGCGAGGGGCACUUGGACAAGACUUCGCGAGCUCUCGACCCUAGCGCCUUCGGCAUCCGGUUCGCCCCUGGAUACUUCUUUGAUGUGGUACGGAAACGGCCUGGUGAGGAUGCACUCUUCGUCUCUGCCCCCGACACAGGUAGAAUCAAGAUCACUACACCGGCAUCAGCGCUCAAAUACUUUGAGCAAGGCACGUGGAUUGAGCUGCCGAAUGGCAACCGCAUUCUCGAGAUCGGCUUGACCACAGCUCCAUUCUCUGGUGCAAAACAGCCUCUGGGCUUUGGCAACGAGCUUGCCGUCCAGUUCGACCAGGUUCCCGGGGAGUUUGCGGUACUCACUAAUACUGGAGUGCACGUCGUUCGCCGGAGGAGACUGGUCGAUAUCUUUGCUAAUGCCCUGCGCACUUGCUCAGGCGAGGAAGAAUUGGAGAGAGAGGUGCGCCAGUUCAUCCACCAAUACGGCCGGGUCGAAACCAUUUCAGCGGCCCUGGCCGUCGCAUGCGGUCAGGGGAGCGACGUACGGGCUGUGACUGGCAGAGCGACUGAUCAGAAGACGGAGAAUUUCGCACGCAUGGCUUUCGUGGAGUACGGUGGUCAGCCGAGGCUCGCAGAGUCGGACGGUAAGCAAGCCGUCUCCGAGUCGGUAAGGCUGUCUUCUCGACACGAUGCCUUGGCCUUGUACCUCACUCGCCUCAUCAGGAUGCUGUGGAAAUCUAGGGUCGUCGCGAUCGGGGCGGGCGGCGCUGGGGGCGCUUUGACCGUCUCUUCAACCGUUCCAGCCAAGAAGCUGGUCAUGGUUCAAGAGAGCAUCGAGAGGUUGCGGAAUUUCCUUGAAGCAAACAAGAGCACAAUCCAGGGGCUCGCCGGCCCGUCCGACCGCCUGUUCAGCAGACAAGAAGAGGUUGCUCUCCAGAAAGAGCACCAGGCUUUGCACGGCUUGCGAAAACUCAUGGAGAGCGUCUCGGAAGGUAUCUCGUUCGUUCUGAUGCUGUUUGACGAGCGGGUGUCGGACAUCUACGCCCGCCUGGACCCGGGUUCCCAACAGCAGCUUCGGGACUUGACCUAUGAGCAGCUCUUCUCGCAAGUCCCUGGAAAAGAGCUCGCCAAGGUGCUGGUCAAGGCAAUUGUUAACCGCAAUAUUGCCAGCGGCGCCAACGUCGAGACUGUUGCCGAUGCCUUGAGGAGACGGUGCGGGAGCUUCUGCUCUCCGGACGACGUCGUCACCUUCAAAGCCCAGGAGCAGCUGCAGCGGGCGAGUGAGCAGACGCACAAUCCCAACGUGCUUCGCACGCUUUUGGCUGGGAGUCUACGCUUGUUCGAGCAGGUUGCAGGCAGCCUUUCUCCGGCUAACCUCCGGAGCGCCGUCGAGCAGUAUAUCCAGCUCCAGUACUAUGCCGGUGCGAUUCAGCUGUGUCUGGCAGUGGCACACCAGAAGGACCGAGGGAACACCGCGCUGUCAUGGGUCAACGAUGGCAAGCCGUCGAACGAUUCCCGCAAAAAGGCUUUCGACGACCGGAAGGUCUGCUACAGCCUGGUCCACGAAGUCUUGGACCAGCUUGAGGUAGCGUUCGCGGGCGAGCCCGAAACCGUCGAUGGUCGGCCUACGCUCGCGGCGACCAAGCGGAUGGAGGCCUACACCGUCGUCAAUGAUUCGAGCGACGAAGUGUUCCACUUCGAUCUGUACGAAUGGUACAUCGAGAAGAACUGGACCGACCGCAUCCUGGCCAUCGAUUCUCCACACGUCAUCACCUACCUGCAGCGGCUGGCUGAGACGGACUAUCAGCAUGCUGAGCUUCUCUGCCGGUUCUAUACGCACCGCAGCCGCUUUUUCGAAGCUGCACAAGUCCAGGCGACCCUAGCAAAGUCGGACCUAAAUAUUGGCAUCAAGGACCGCAUCACACUGCUCAGUCGUGCCAAGGGCAACGCCAGUGUUAACACCAUUGGGGUGAGCCGCCAGCAACAACAGCUGCUGAACCACGAGGUUACGGAGCUGCUCGAGGUUGCGCAUAUCCAGGACGACUUGCUCGAGCGGUUAAAGGCCGAUCCUCGCAUUCCGCCAGAGAGGCUGCCCGACGUGGAAGAGGCUCUGAACGGCCCCAUCAAGGGCGUCACCGAACUUUACAACGAGUACGCCGACCAAGCAGGCUACUUCGACCUCUGCCUCCUCAUCUACCACGCGGCCGACUACCACAACCCGCGGGUCAUCAUGGACACGUGGCAGCGCCUGAUCGAACAAACCUCGUACGAAACCGAGCAGCGCCAGGCCCAUUGGCAGCUCCUCCAAGCCGGCCAGGCCCUUCCGGACGGUGCCCCGCCACUCACGGGCGAGCCCCCGCUUCCGUACGAAUCCGUCUCGCAGCAGAUCCACUUAAUCGCCCAUCGCACGGCGCUCGACAGCCUGGUGUUCCCCGUCGACUCCCUCCUGCCUGAAGUCUGCAGGUAUGCCGUCAACAACGGCCAGGACGCGUCCAUCGGCGCCGACCCGUGCUGGCCCGUGCUGCUGUUCCUCAACCUGGGCGUGCCACAUGCCCUGGUCGUUCAGGUACUCGAGAACCUGUUUGACGCGCAGGAGGCGCCAUUCACGGGGCGGCGGAGGAAGGUGGUCGUGCAGUGGCUCGCGGUGGCUAUCGAGGGGUGGGUUCGAGAGCUGGAGCGGCGCGCUGCCGGGAUGGUGGGCGGUGCCGCUGGCGGCAAAGGCGGUGGCGACGGGGUGAUUGGUGCGUGGGUGAGCGAGUUGCUUGCGCGGGCGGAUGAGUGCCUCGUGCAGAUUUCCUCGUCCGUGCCUACUCCUUCGGCUAGGAACGGUGGUGCGGUCCCUCCUGAGGCGGAGGAGCUAUUGGAACUCAGGAGGAUGGUCAAGGGAUUGAAGAGGAGUGUUGAUGGGAUCCUGGGUGGGGAAGGGCUAAUGGCGGGAAGUUUGUUUCGGUGAGACGGUGGGAAGGAGGAAGGGGGCACAC